GAUGUUAUGAAUUGGCUGAAUGAGGGCGAGGAGAGAGGGGCUAUAUCCACUCUGAGAAGAUGACUCAAAAGAAAGACGUUCAGCUGGAGGAGCGUGGUCACUGGGCCGGUAAAGCCGAGUACCUUCUGGCCGUGGCAGGGAAUGUGGUCGGGCUCGGGAAUGUAUGGAGGUUCCCAUACCUGUGCUACAAGAACGGAGGAGGUGCCUUCCUGGUGCCGUACCUGGUGUUUGUGGUGACGUGUGGGGUGCCCCUGUUCCUGCUGGAGACGGUGAUGGGCCAGUACACCCAGGAGGGAGCCAUCACCACCUGGCACAAGCUCUGCCCCCUGGGAGAGGGUAUUGGCUAUGCUGGACAGCUGAUCCUGUUCUACAGCUGUAUGUGCUACAUUGUGAUCCUGGCGUGGGCACUGCUGUACCUGUGCUUCUCGUUCAGUGCUGAGCUACCCUGGGCCAACUGUGACAACGCCUGGAACACAGAAAACUGUGUUGACAUCACUGGAAACAACAAGACAUUCAAUUGGACUGAGCAAAGCAACUCUACCUCAGCAGCCAUAGAGUUCUGGGAGCGUCGGGUGUUGGCCAUCUCCUCGGGGAUAGAGGAGGUGGGCAGUGUGAGGUGGGAGAUCCUGCUCUGCCUCAUCGCCGUGUGGGUCGCCUGCUAUUUCUGCGUCUGGAAGGGGGUCAAGUCUACUGGGAAGGUGGUCUACUUCACUGCUACGUUCCCCUAUGUGAUGCUGCUGGUACUUCUCGUGCGAGGCUUGACUCUGCCUGGUGCCCGGCAGGGUGUCCUCUACUACCUCUACCCAGAGCCCGCCAAGCUGCUGCAACCACAGGUGUGGAUGGAGGCUGUCUCCCAGAUCUUCUUCUCCUUCAGUUUGGGAGUCGGCACACUAACUGUUCUGGGGAGUUACAAUCCGUACAACAACAACUGCAACAGGGACUGCCUGUGGCUGUGUGUGCUGAACAGCUGUACCAGCAUGGUGGCCGGCUUCGCUGUCUUCUCCAUGCUAGGCUUCAUGGCCCACGAGCAGAACGUCCCCAUAGAGGUGGUGGCAGAGUCAGGUCCUGGGCUGGCCUUCAUUGCCUACCCCCAGGCCGUAGCCAUGAUGCCGUUUCCCCAACUGUGGGCCGUCUGCUUCUUCAUCAUGAUCAUCCUACUGGGACUGGACACACAGUUUGUGAUGAUGGAGGUGGUGAUGACGUCGGUAACGGACCUGCUGCCCGGGCUGCUGAGGAGGCCGGGGGGGCGGCGGGAGCUCCUCCUGCUCAUCUACUGCCUCGUCUGCUUCUCCGCCGGCGUCCUCAUGGUCACUGAGGGAGGAAUGUACGUCUUCCAGAUAUUUGAUUACUAUGCCUGUAAUGGCACCUGCCUGCUGUUCCUGGCUGUCUUCCUCUCCUUGGCAAUGGGAUGGGUGUUUGGGACUGAUAAUCUGUAUGACAUAGCGGAGGACAUGACUGGAGUUAGGCCCAGCCCCAUCUUCAGGGUGUGUUGGAAAUACCUCACACCCAUCGCAUCCCUGAUCUCCUUCAUAUGCUCUAUCAUAGAGUACCAGCCCCUGACCUUCAACCGCUGGUACGUGUACCCGACCUGGGCCUACGUGCUGGGCUGGAUGAUCUCCUUCUCCUCCGUCAUCCUCAUCCCGGGCCUGGCACUCUUCCGCCUGGUGACCGGCAAGGGCACUCUCAGAGAGCGCUUGCUCCACCUGUGCACCCCUGCUGAUGACCUGGCCUUGACCCGGAAGCAGAAGCAAAAGCCAGAGUUCCAGAACCUCACUGGUGACACCGAUGGGAAACAUUCGGUCGUCACUGGAAACCACCAAACAGCAGUAGAGCAACUGAUGGUUUUACAUUCGUUAUAAUGGGCUCUCAUUGAGAACAACCAAAUAUCUAAGAUUCCGCCCAACACUGUCUGACAAGUUUUUUUUUUUUUUUUUUAACUUUUGUAUGAAAUAGUGUAGUGAUUUAUGUAAACCAUGAUGUAGAUGAUUAUGCACUCAUGGUGCUGGAAGUUCUGUGAAAAUUGUGAAUUUGUGUGCAGUGAAGAAUUAAGAAAAUGUUUUGCCUGUCUACUUUGUGUUUGAGUGGUGUAGCGGAGUAAUUUAUUACAGGACAUAAACAAUUCUCACCACCAGGUGGCAAUAGUAUGACUCCCUUGCCGUGACUCAUGCAGCUCAUGCCUGUGAUGUGAGUGUUGUGACGUACUGUAAGACAGCAACAUGUGCAGAACAGUUGAGCACAAUAUCAGCAGACAGCCUGAGUGUCCCAGCCUCUGUCAUGUUGUUGCACUGUAGCCUAUUCUCACUAGAGUAAACAAAGAGAUGUCUUCGGGUGAAUCACGCCAUCUUCCGCCUCUAUUCUUAAGCUACCUCCCCUAGACAGCCUUUCCUUGGCUACAUGGCGAGACAGUAGAUACCUCAGCACUGUAUGUACAGCACACUGGCUUAGUAUACUGUAUGUUCUCUGAAUGAUGUCUUUGUUUUUUUAUUUUAGGACCUGAUGGUAACUUGUGAUUUAUUGUACAGACAGGG